CCUGCGCGGCCCCUCCUCUAAAUCCAGGGGCCGCUCUCUAUGGUGAUUUUACGGACUCGGAGGUACGGGUUUUGCGCCAAACUGGUGCAGCCAGAGCUGCGGCCGGAGCGCGCUCAUCCCUAAGGACAGCGGACAGCAGAAGGCACAACAUGAACCCCCGGCCGACCCAGCUGCCUCGAGCGACUCCCUGGCGCUCCCUGCCUUGCCCGCGCACCGAACUCCGCCUUGACCUGGUACUCUGUGGCGGGCAGACCUUCCGGUGGUCUGAAACCAGCCCCGGCUACUGGACUGGCGUGCUGGCUGGACGAGUCUGGACUCUCACGCAGUCUGAGGAACAUCUCUGGUAUACCUUGCAUGAAGAGGAAAAGGAGGACGGUGGCAGAGAAGAAGAAGGCCUCUCCGAACCUCCCCUGAAGAAGAGCAGGAAGCAAACACAGCCAGAACCGAAUCGUCCUGGGACAAGCGAACGUCCGGGCAGCCAUUUGUCUGGAGAGUUGGCCCGGGGAACAGAUGGGAUGACUCCUUCUCAGAUCCUCCAGGACUAUUUCCAACUACAUGUAAAUGUAUCUGGGUUAUACCAGGGUUGGUCUUAUGUUGACUCGCAUUUCCGGGAAAUAGGUGUUAAAUUCCCAGGUGUCCGGGUGCUGCGGCAGGACCCAGUGGAGUGCCUCUUCUCCUUCAUCUGCACCUCCAACAACCACCUGUCCCGCAUCACCAACAUGAUUCAACACCUGUGCCAGGCCUUUGGGCGCCGCCUCUGCCAGCUGGAUACCAAGACCUAUCAUGCCUUCCCCACACUGCAAGCAAUGGCAGGAGCAGAUACAGAGGCUCGGCUGAGGGACCUGGGAUUCGGUUAUCGGGCGCGGUUUAUUAGCGAGAGCGCCCGAGCUGUCAUGAAGACUCUGGGUGGGGCUGCUGGCCUUCAGCAGUUGCGCACUGUCCCUUAUGAGCAGGCCCGCCAUGCCUUGUGCACCCUUCCAGGAGUGGGAGUCAAGGUGGCUGACUGUGUGUGUCUCAUGGCCCUGGACAAGACUGAAGCUGUACCAGUGGACACCCACAUAUGGCAGGUUGCCAAACGUUACUAUGGCCAAGAGUUGGGGAUGGGGGCCCGCAGUGUGACGGAGCGUGUUCAUCGAGAGAUUGGAAAUUUCUUCCGCAGCCUUUGGGGACCAUAUUCUGGAUGGGCGCAAGCGGUAAGUAUGAAAUAGUUUUCCUCUUCUCCCAUUACUGCUCGGUGCCCACGGUUGCCAGAGGAGGUAAGAUGCCUGACUAGAAGAAUCUUUAUAUAUGCUGUAUAAACUUUCUCUCUCCGUUAUAUUAGGAAACUGCAGGACCCAUUUUAGCUCAACAACACUAGAAUCUGAAUUCUCAUUUUUUUUAAAGGAAGUCUCUCUUCCUCGAGGUAGAGGUGGAACCCACACAGUCUAGUUGGGUUUCUAACCCUAGAAAGAAGCCAAUAACAAUCCUUUCUAAAAAUGUUACCUAAAAACUGUAUGGAUUUUUCUAUGUAGUUGCUAAGUUGGGCUUAAGAAAACAAAAACCCACAGUGGGCCAGAAUAGAUUCUUCUCUCACAUGCUCACUUAUAUAGAGCUUCCCUUCGCCUUCCCCUUUCUUUCUCCUUUCCUUUCCUUUUCUCCUUUCCUUCCCUUUUUCCUUUCCCUUUUCCUUGUAGACAUAUCCCCUCAUAUAACCAGAGGAAGUAUUCUGCCCGUUCGGACUAGUUCGCCCAAACCGAUAGUGGAAAUUGCGGGUUGGCCAGCCCCGGCUCUAUGCCAUCCUAUUUAGGCCCUUUUUUUAGCCAAAGCACAUGCGCGGAACGCUGAGCGCAUGUGCAGACAGGUAGCUCACAUUUGCAAACCGGUAGGGAAGGUGAGUAAAUCCCACCCCUGCAUAUAACCCACUUUGUUCUAUAUACCAAGACGGAAGCAGCCAAGAUGGAGGUUCUUGGCUGAAGCUUUCCGCAGUGACGCAGAUGAAGAUUGAGGCCAUCAGAAGUAGAAGUGGAGCAACUUUCUCUUUCUAGCUACAUGCAGGUCAGGUGGAUGCUGGAAAGAAAUUGAGAGGAUCUGCAGAUCAUGGUUUGAUCGCUUGACUUCCAAGGAUCCAGUCAUUACCUCAGGGAUUAGAAACAGGAACCAGGAAAAGGGGGGAAUACAAUUUCUAGUAGAUAAGUCGUUGUUCAGCGUGCCAGGCCCCUCUGUCCUCCACUGUCUCCCGGAGUUUGCCCAAAUCCAUGUUCGUUCCAUCGAUGGCACUAUCUAAUCAGUCCCCUUCUUCUCCUUUUGCUUUUAGUCUUUCCCAACAUCGAGGUCUUUUCCAAUGAGUUCUCUCUUCUCAUUUGAUAGCCAAAGUAUUUGAGUUUCAGCUUCAGUAUCUGUCCUUCCAAAGGACAGCCAAGGUUGAUUUCCUUUAGGAUUGACUGAUUUGAUCUCCUUGGAAGUUGCAAAAAUUUGAAUAAUCACUAGGGGGAAGUACUGAGACAGGAAAAAAUAUCUCCUCUUGGCUGCCACCCACAGGUGACCUCGAUGUUUGCAGCCAUACCUGAUAUGUCCCAUUAAAAUAUAUAUAUAUAUUUUAACCCUUUGUGCCAUCCAGAUUUUUCCCUCUCUCGCCAGGUCCUUUUUUGCGCCGACCUAAGGAAAAACCAAGAGACCACAGAUCCGAACGCCAAACACCGUUGCAUCAAAGUGGCUCAGAGCAGCCACUCC